AUGGCCAAGGUCUUCGAUGCCGCAGAAGUUGCCAAACACAACACUCGCGAAAGCUGCUGGGUGAUACUCUACGGCAAGGUCUACGAUGUCACCGAUUUCUUGUCCAGCCACCCCGGAGGUGCGAAAAUCAUCCUGAAGCUCUCCGGCACCGAUGCGACGGAGGAAUAUGACCCUAUUCACCCCCCGGGAAUCCUGGAGGAGGAACUGAAGCCCGAAGCAUGCCUUGGAACUGUCGAUGCCAGCACUCUAGCCAAGGAAGAACCCGCCGCGGAGGCAUCGGAGCCAGUACAAGGUCCUCCGCCCGUGGAGACUCUCCUCAAUCUUGACGAGAUCGAAGAGGUGGCUACGAAACAAGUGACUCAAAAGGCAUGGGCGUAUUACUCGUCUGCCUCGGACGACAAGUUCUCCAAACAAUUCAACAAUCGAAUUUACCAAUCCAUCCUUCUCCGUCCGCGGGUCUUUGUCGAUUGCACCCGAUGUGAAUUGGACACCACCGUUCUCGGCCACAAGGUCGGAUUGCCCUUUUUCAUUGCCCCCGCCGCUAUGGCGCGUCUAGGCCACCCUGCCGGUGAGGCGGGCAUGGCUGAGGCAUGUCGUAGCUUCGGCGCCAUGCAGAUCAUCUCGAACAAUGCUUCUAUGACCCCCGAGCAAAUCGUCAAGGAUGCCGCACCCGAUCAGGUCUUUGGCUGGCAACUAUAUGUUCAAACUGACCGCAAGAAGAGUGAGGCUAUGUUGGCCCGCAUCAACAAGCUCAAGGCAAUCAAGUUCAUCGUCCUCACGCUCGACGCACCGGUCCCAGGAAAGCGGGAGGAUGACGAGCGCAACAGCUUGGUCGGUGCAGCUGCUCCAGUUUCGAGCGGUGUGAAGGCGGCCGAACGUACAUCAGACGACACCCCUGAUGUUUCUGGAGGCUCUGGAGGCGUCGGCCAACAACUGUUCGCCGGUACCGAUCCCUCCCUGCGCUGGCAUGAAACAUUGCCCUGGCUCGCUCAACAAACCGACCUUCCCAUCGUCUUGAAGGGUCUUCAAACCCAUGAGGAUGCAUACAUUGCCUCAUUGCACACUCCACAGGUCAGGGGAAUUAUACUUUCCAACCAUGGCGGUCGAGCUCUGGAUACCGCACCGCCUGCUGUACACACCUUGCUUGAAAUCCGAAAAUACUGUCCUGAAGUUCUCGAUAAACUAGAAGUCUAUGUGGAUGGCGGUAUCCGCCGUGGUACCGACAUUGUUAAGGCUCUUUGCCUGGGCGCAAAGGCAGUUGGUCUCGGCCGGGCUGCUCUCUGGGGUCUCGCAGCCGGUGGCGUUGAUGGUGUUCGUCGGACGUUGCAAAUUCUGGCAGACGAAAGCAAAACCUGCAUGCGACUACUUGGUGUCGAAAACGUCAACGAGCUUGGUCUUCGACAUAUCAACACGCGAAUGGCCGAGCAUCAAAUCUACGACGGGCCAUCCAGUCUGGAUUCUUUGCGGCAAUCGUUCAAAGCGAAAUUGUAA